UUAGACGUUUGUUCCGAGUCCCACAUACUUGACGCGUGUCCUGUGACAGUGAAAUGCGCGUGUGCCAUAAUUUCGUGAUCACAUACCUCGUGAGGACAUAAUAUGAGUGACUGAUUCCAUAUUGUGUUAUUACGGAUUUUUUCAGAUAUCCAGUGAAAAUGACGUAAGCGCGUGUCACGAUGAAGAUCGUUAGCUUGCUGUUGACACUCGUCUGUGUCAUGACAUUCAAGGUCACGCAAGCUAAAAUCGGAUACUUCUGGCAUAUAACGGACUUUCAUUACGACCCACUUUACACCGCACAGGGCGAUACUAGAAGACAUUGUCGAAGAGCAGAUGAACGAGGAAGUUCAGGUCAUCACCGCGCACUCGGGCGUCUCGGUGAUUACUCAUGCGAUAGCUCUCUUGAGCUCAUCCAAUCAGCAUUACGAUAUAUGCGUACGAGACACUCGGAAAACGUUGAAUUCGUACUUUGGACGGGUGACAUCGUCGCCGAUCAAUAUUCCAGUAAUGAAGACAAUAGGUACCAGGCGAUCAGAAACGUGACAGAACUUCUUCGGAUGACCUUUAGUUCCCACUUCGUUUUUCCUGUCCUGGGUCACACAGAUCCUGCACCAUCUGAAACAUUAACCAACCUUUGGAGUCAUUGGCUUCCAAUGGAAGCUUUACAAACGUUGAAAAAUGGUGGUUACUACACAAUAGAGCAGUCACACAGCAAACUGAGGAUUGUAGCUCUAAACACGAACCUGUUUAGCCUCAGUGAAGCAAAUGGCGUACAUGCACGACGUCAAUGGGAAUGGUUGGAUCAAGUAUUGGAAAAAGCAACGACCAACAACGAAAUGGUCUACAUUGUGGGCCACGCAGCGCCCGGCUCCGAUUCCAGAUAUAACGCCUACUCCGUCGACGCCAACACUAAAUACCUACGGCUCGUACGGCGACACGCGCGGAUCAUAGCUGGACAGUUCUUUGGACAUCUACACGUUGAUACCUUCAGAGUCAUUUAUGAUAAAGAACAACCCGUUUCUUGGGCGUUUCUCGCGCCAUCUGUGAGCCCUCAUCACGACCCAGCGGGAUCGUCCAAUCCAGGUCUUAGACUUUACAAAUUCGACUCCGACAAUGGUAAGGUAUUAGACUACACACAGUUUUAUUUGGACUUGGCUGUGGCUAACCGGGCGGGAGCGGGAGCGGGAGCGGUGGCGGGCGCUGAAUGGGUCGCGGAAUACAAUUUGACACAAUAUUACGUGCUGAGAGACGUGUCUGCUGAAUCGUUGCACCAUCUAGCUGACAAGCUGAGGAUAGGCACGACGCAAGAAAUGACGAUGUUUUACAAAUAUUUACGUGCAUACAAUGUCAGGCAUGAAAGUGCUGACAACUGUGACGGCGCAUGCGCGCACCAACACUUUUGCGCCAUCACUUGUUUAGAACAUAUAGCGUACCGUCAGUGCGUGGAAGCGGCAGCUAGCGCCCUUGCCGCAUCUGGUCGUUCCGCUUCGCUCACCGCUCCGCUUGUGAACAUGAUAUUAACCCUAAUAAUAAGUAUCGUUGUGCUUUAAUUGUUUUGUCGUUUGAAUAAGGGAAUGAAGAAAUAACAGUGCUUUAAUGAAGGAGUUAUGUGGUGAUAAAACUAUAAUAUGUGUAAUUGAACAUACACUGCUGGUUAUGCUCAGGAUCUUUGUGAUAUGACGUGACUUUACCUUUUAAUACGAGUUAGUGUAUUUUAAUUAAUCGCUGGUGAAAUAAUAAAGUACGAUUGUUAAUUUUUUUUUUUUAAUUUUUAAGGUUUUUAAAAUUGAGUAGUUUAAAAUGUGUCAAACUUUGAUUCGUUUUCUUUUGAUUGUUAGAUCAUAGCUCAAUUAUAUGUUCAUUAAUGCUGUAAUAAGUAGCGAAAUUAUACUCAUAGAUUUUAGGUGAUUAAAAUUUUUUAUACAGCAGUAUUCGGCGUAAACGUCAUUCGGUAAU